GCGCGCCCCUGCACCCUCGCUUCGGAUCUUCCAGCCCGGAGUUUUUAUAUUAUAAUUAUUUAAUUUUUAUAUUAAUAUAAUUUUUUACCUCAUCAGAUCAGACCCCUCCCAUCUUCAGGAGCUCCGCUGCUGCUGCUGGAGUGUGAUUGUGUGUGAGUGUGUGUGUGUGUGUGAGUGUGUGUGUGUGUGUGUGUGUGUGUGAGAGAGAGAGGGUGUGUGCGUGAUUGUGUCUGUAUGUGUGUGUGUGUGUAGCUCAGGACUGCUCCCCCCUCCACCUCCUGUUCUUGCUCCUUCCACUAUAACCCCAGCAGCCAUGCGCUCCUGUGUGAAGAUGCUGGCCGCCGUGGUGCUCGGAAAUGUCAUGCUGCAGUAUGUCUCCUCUCAGAACGCUGGGUUUGUGAAGUCGCCUAUGUCUGAGACAAAGCUCACGGGAGACACCUUUGAGCUGUACUGCGAUGUGGUUGGUAACCCCACGCCGGAGAUCCAGUGGUGGUACGCUGAGAUUAACCGGGCCGACUCCUUCAAGCAGCUGUGGGACGGUGCCCGCAAACGUCGGGUGACAAUCAACACAGCAUACGGCACCAAUGGAGUCAGUGUGCUGGGCAUCACUCGCCUCACGCUGGAGGAUUCUGGGACCUACGAGUGUCGAGCCAGUAACGACCCUCGCCGCAACGACCUGCGCCAAAACCCUGCCAUCACCUGGAUCCGAGCUCAGGCCACCAUUUCCGUGCUGCAGAAGCCAAAGAUCAAUGCCUCUGAUCAGGAGAUUUUGCCAGCUAAAAAGCCACAGGAAGAAAACCCUCCCAUCACCCUACAGUGUAACCUUACCAACUCACAUAAUACUCACCGGGAAAGCUUCUGGAUGAAGAAUGGAGAAGAAAUCUCUAAUACGAGAAAAGAACUGAAAAACACUGAGCUAACACUGAGAAAACCAAGGGCAGACGAUGCAGGGGAAUACAUGUGUGUUUACACCUUCGACAUGGCCCCCAAUGCCAAUGCCUCCAUCGAAGUAAAAGCGGCUCCUGAAAUCACUGGUCACAAGCGAAGUGAGAAUAAAAAGGAAGGAGAGAAUGCGCUCCUGUACUGCAAAUCUGUGGGAUACCCACAUCCCAUCUGGACAUGGCGGAAAAAAAAUGGCCAGGCAUCAUACAUAGACGUCGACAACAGUACUGGACGAAUCUUCAUCACCAACAAAGACAAUUACUCAGAACUGAAUAUUUUAAAUCUAGACAUCAGCACAGACCCUGGCGAGUACGUCUGCAAUGCCACAAACAUUAUCGGAUUUAAAGAAUCAACAUCAAUCCUUCGGGUGCGCAGUCACCUGGCCCCUCUCUGGCCUUUCCUGGGAGUUCUGGCUGAAAUCAUCAUCCUGGUGGUCAUCAUUGUGGUAUACGAGAAACGCAAGAGGCCAGACGAAGUGCCAGACGAUGACGAACCAGCUGGACCAGUGAAAACAAAUUCUACUAACAACCACAAAGACAAAAACGUGAGACAGCGGAACACCAACUGAGCAAAUAAACUGAAUAAAGGAAAAAGACUAACUGCACAUCCAGACCGUAUGAAGGUAUCCAAGGGGAGAAGGACCUCCUGGCCAUUUCUAAUAAAGCAUAUCCUGCCUCACUCGGUGAACGAAACAACAGCAGCAAAACACUGGCAGAAAAGAACAAUAAGGACUGUCUUAAGCAUGCCUUAUUCAGUCUUAUGGUAUGUGAGUAUGUUUGGGCACAGGUGACUAAAUUCAUAAGGUGUACACAUUGUUUUUACUUCGUGUGCUGUUAACUUUCUUUUGAUCAUGUGAUCCUACUGAGGUGAUCCCUUUUCCAUACUUACAUAUUGUGUCGAAUGCAUGCAGAAACAUAACCUAAUAAGAGUUUGUAUUUUUUUUUUCUAUUGUCAUUUAUUUGUGUGGUGUUGCAUCAGAAAGCAUUACCCUACGUGCAUUUCUUUUUUUAAGACGUUCAAAUUGAAUAUAAAAUCAAAUACAUUCACUGAGUUCUUUGUACAGUUUACCAUCAAUUCAUGGAAUUUAUCAUAGGUGUUCUAUCUAAGGCUGGGCUGCAAGGGCCUACCUGUGAUGGGCAAAGCAGUAUUUAAUCACAGAUGUAUUCAAUAAUUUAAAUAAUUUAAAUUAAAAGAUGGAUAAAUGUUAUUUAUUUUCUAGAGUUACCUAGAUGUCUUGUACAGAUUGCGCUGUAAGUGUUCAAAUAUUAUAAUAGCAUAUCUGUAAAAAGCAAAGAAUAUAUCUUUUUUUUAAAGUCUCUAUGUCCUCCAAACCAUGUUUCUUUUUAGUCAGAUAUGAUUCUUGUACAGCAUGGCUAUUAUCCUAUGCAAUAUGUAUUCAUAUAGAUUUAUUGAGAAUUGUAAGGUGUUGGGGGAGGGGCUGGGACAGGGGUUGGGGGUGUUUAUUUUGAUGAAUUUCACAGACUAAGCUUUAAUGUUGUGGGAUCAUCAGGAUGCAGGAAUAGACUAAAUGCACUGCUGUAGUUGCAUGACUACUCCUCCUAAUGAAAAUGGUGUAUCAGUGUGUUGCAGUGCAACUGGACCAAUAUAUAAAGGUGGCACUUGCUGGAGCUAAAGCCAUUACAAUAAAAUGUGAGACCAACUGUUCUUUUUAAAAUAAAGGCUCCAAAAAUGAAUCAAA